AUAGCAUACUGAACACUAUCUCGUGUGUCUAUUGCAUUAGCGGCAAAGCCGUGGAAAGUAUCUGUCACUUACGCUCUGUCUAUGGUAUGAUGGCCGUGGGCUGGACGACGGAGAACGGAGUGAGGAUACAUGGUAUGCGAGGGCAUUGCCGAGCCAGUGUGGAUUGUAGGAGUAAAUUAAAUAACUAGUGAUUAAGCAAUCACUACAAGUGGCGACGAGAAAAAGGUUACAUCAAGGGUGUUACAUAACUGCUAUGAGCUCACAACCAUUACUAACCCUGGAGGGGUUAGAUUUGGAGGGCGAUCGAAGUUCCAUUGGCAGCAAAUGGGAAAAAUGGAAGAGGUCAUUGUCUAUCUACCUGGAUGCGGCAGAAAUAACAAAAGAUGUGAAGAAACGAGCAACAUUACUGCACUUCGGAGGGACAAGUCUUCAAGAUAUAUUCUACAACUUACCUGGUGCAAACGUCACAGCUGCAGAGAAUGUUGAUGUAUAUAAGACAGCAGUAGAAAAACUUGAUGAAUACUUUCUUCCGAAGUGUAAUCGAGUUUUUGAGCGUCACAUGUUCAGAGUAAUUAAACAAGAAGAUAAUGAAAAGUUCGAAAGUUUCCUGGUACGACUCCGGAAGCAAGCUGAAAAAUGUAGUUUUGAUAAGACAGAAGAUCACUUGAUCGACCAAAUUACUGAAAAAUGUCAUUCAGCUGAGCUUCGAAAGAAAAUUCUAACAAUAGGUGACAGUAUAACGCUAGAAAAAAUAAUAACUGAGGCUAAUACAUUAGAAGUUGUAAACGACCAACUACAAAUAUAUGAAGACAAGACACAGAGUAGCCUAAAUACUAAACAAGUAAACCAAGAAGAAGUUAACUCUAUUUAUAACAAGAAUAGUACAAAAACUAAAAAGGAAGGGCCUCAUGGCAAAUUGAAACCUUCUUGCGUUCGGUGUGGAGGUAAAAUCCAUAAAGAGUACAAGGAUUGUCCAGCUUCAGGGAAGACAUGUCAUGCUUGUGGCAAAAUAGGACACUUCCGCCAACUCUGCAGAUCGGCUGGUCUGAAACGGAAAUUGAAUAAUCAAUCAAGCAAGAAAGAAAAUAAAAAAGCGAGAGUUGAAGUCGAUUACGUAUUUAACAUUGACAGUGAUGCUAUAAUCGAUUGUAUCCUCGGGGGAAUCAAGACAGAAAUGCUAGUUGAUUCUGGUUGUAAACACAAUCUUAUUUCUCUAGAAAAGUGGGAAGUUUUGAAAAAAUUAGGAGCUGUAGCAAUUAAUCAAACACCCAACCCAACCAAAUCUCUUAUGGCUUAUGGCAGUCACACUCCACUCAAUAUCAAAGGGUCAUUUGAGACUACAAUGGAAGCAAAUGGACGCAAAGAAAAUGCAAUAGUUUAUGUUAUUGCGAAUGGCACGCAAGACUUGUUGGGCAGAGAAACGGCGACACGGCUAGGUGUUUUGAAAAUUGGUGCAGAUGUGAAUAAAGUUGAUGAAGGUGUCAUAUCACAAUCAUUUCCCAAGCUCAAAGAUGUAUUGGUAGAAAUUCCUAUAGAUGAAAAUGUACAACCAGUCUCACAGCCAUAUCGGAGAAUACCUUUGCCUAUCCAACAAAAAGUUGAGAGCAAGAUCCAAGAGUUACUCGAUCGAGAUAUUAUUGAAGAAGUUAAUGGACCUUCACGAUGGGUUUCACCAAUGGUGCCCAUUAUGAAAGAAAAUGGAGAUUUGCGGUUGUGUGUGGAUAUGCGUCGUGCUAAUGCUGCAAUUUUAAGAGAAAAUCAUCCAUUACCAUGUAUGGAUAAACUAUUACCGGAAAUUGGGAAAGCUAAAUAUUUUAGCAAACUUGAUAUCAAGGACGCUUUUCACCAGUUGGAAUUACACCCAGAUUGUAGACAUAUUACCACUUUUAUAACAGCCAAAGGGCUCUAUCGCUAUAAAAGACUCAUGUUUGGCAUAUGUUGUGCGCCAGAGAUAUUUCAAAAAGUACUGGAGAAACUUUUAGUUAAAUGCGAUGGGGUCAUUAAUUUCAUUGAUGAUAUUUUAGUUUUUGGGGAGGAUGAACAACAACAUGACAUGCGUCUGGAAAUGGUACUGAAAGUAAUUAAGGAGAAUAACAUACAACUCAAUGAGCAGAAGUGCAUAUACAAAGUGAAACAGGUGCACUUCUUGGGACAUGAACUAUCAAAGCAUGGAGUGAAACCUUUGCCAAAGUAUAUGGAGAGCAUCACCACCUUCAGACUUCCGAUAACAAUAGAAGAACUACAGAGCUUUUUAGGACUUGUGAAUUAUGUUAACAAGUGGUUACCCAAUUUAGCCACCAGAACAGAACCUUUAAAAGAACUGUUAAGGAAAAAACUGGGGAAAAAAUCUGAUAUCAGACCGUAUUGGACAAGUGAGCAAGACAAGGCAUUUACAGAGCUGAAAGAUGCACUAAGUAAAAUACAGACGUUGGGAUUUUACGAUAUUAAAGAUAAAACCCAAGUUAUUGCUGAUGCCAGCCCAGUUGGCCUUGGAGCAAUUUUAAUACAGACCGAUUCAAAUGGACCACGGAUAAUCGCCUACGGAAACCGGACACUGACUGACUGCGAAAGGAAAUACAGUCAAACCGAGAAAGAAGCUCUUGCUCUGGUCUGGUCUGUUGAACACUUCAACAUUUUCCUUUUCGGCAAGAAAUUUGAUCUCAUCACAGAUCACAAACCAUUGGAAAUAUUGUUUGGAUCAAGAUCAAAGCCGUGUGCACGCAUCGAGCGCUGGGUGUUGAGACUCCAAUCAUAUGAUUAUAACGUGAUCUAUAAACCAGGAAAGGUGAAUAUUGCUGACCCGCUGUCUCGUCUAUGCAAAUUGAUUGGUGCACAAUCUGCAGGAGGAGACGAACACAUACACCAAAUUGUAGAGGAAGCCAGACCACAUGCGAUUUCGAUGUCUGCCAUUAUUGAAGCUUCUAUAAAUGAUGAAGAAAUCAGAGGCGUAAAAAACGGAGUGUAUGAAAAAGAGUGGCAUGAGACUGUUAAAGGAUAUAAGAUAUUUGAGAACGAACUAUGUUUCUAUGGCGAUAUUUUACUUCGGGGGAACCGAAUUGUCAUACCUCAGAAAUUACGGAAAGGAGUAUUGGACGCUGCACACGAAGGCCACCCUGGGAUAGUUGCUAUGAAGGGCAGGCUCAGGUCCAAGGUGUGGUGGCCAAGAAUCGACAAAGACGUAGAAAAUUUAGUCAAGUCCUGCAAGAGUUGCACUUUAGUAGGACUGCCAAAUCCUCCAACACCGCUGAAGAGACGCGAACUCCCUUUAGCUCCGUGGGUUGAUGUUGCGAUGGAUCUUCUAGGACCUUUACCUAAUAAUGACCACCUGCUAGUUGUAGUAGACUAUUAUAGCCGCUAUAAAGAAGUAAAGAUCUCCAGGACAAUAACGAGUCACCAAAUUAUAAAGCUGCUCAAGGAAAUUUUUAGCAGACUAGGUUACCCUGUCUCGAUUACUGUUGAUAAUGGCCGGCAGUUUGUUAGUGAAGAGUUUCGAUUGUACUGUGAAGAGUGCAAUAUCACCGUUCACAACACAGUACCAUAUUGGCCCCAGAUGAACGGAGAGGUUGAACGACAAAAUCGUGAUAUAUUGAAACGCCUCAAAAUUAGCCAUCUAGAAAAAAGGAUAUUAAAGAAAGUCUGAUGGAGUAUCUUAUAAUGUAUAACAGUACACCCCACUCGACUACAGGGAAAUCACCAUCAGAGCUGUUUUUCAGAAGGCAAAAUAGAGACAAAAUUCCAUCAAUUGACCGAAUUGAAGGUACUGAUGUCGACCUGGAUGUGCGUGAGCGAGAUAAAAUACAGAAAGAAAAGGGGAAAGAAUAUGCAGACAGAAGGAGAGGCGCUAGUGAGCCUAAUCUAGCAGAAGGAGAUAAAGUGUAUGUCAAGAAUAUGGAUAAAGGAAAUAAGCUCUGUCCAAACUACAAUCCAACACCUCAUACGGUACAGAGUGCUAAUAGAGGAGAUGUGUCAGUAAAGAAUGAUCUAACGGGUCAAGUUCUGAGAAGAAAUGUGGUUCACCUGAAAAGAGUAGAAGGACAGUGGGAAGCUGUU